AUAAUAUAUAAAUAUGAUUAUUACAGUUCAGUAGAUAUAGAUUAUAAAAAAUCAGAUUAUGCCAUUUUUAUUAUGAAUUCGCUUGUUGUAGAUAAAGAAAUUAAUUUAAACAUUUUCAGAGAAUUUAAAAUAAAUAAUUCAGUUUUAACAGUAUUAUAUGCAGCUAAUAGUGCAGAUGAAUUAAGAAGAUCAGUUAAUGGAUUUUUUGAUAUGCUUAUAAUGGCAACUAGAACACUAAAUUCCUAUGGAUCAUUUUAA